CCGGUGUGCAAGAAUGACGCGCGUAGCGGAUAGAAUGUCAUAGUGAAGAGAAACGGUUUUAUUGAAACGCGAGUUGUUGUUUUUUUUUGGCAAAAACAAGCUAUCGAAUUUAGUUGUUCAUUUUUAAAAUAAGAGAAAAAACCCCAAAUAAAAAAGGUUUCAAGUGCAAGAUCAUUUAGUAAAGGAAUUUUGUACCAACAACAAUAAUAUCUACUACACAUUAAAGACGGCAACAGCAAUAACAAAAAAGGCUAAAAUCACGUUAGUAACGUUGUGUGUGCAUAUGGAUGAUAAUAAUAAUAAUAAAUGCAACAACAACAAUACAAUAAUGAAGCAUCAGCAUAAAUGAAGGUGUAGAAAAAUAAAAAGAGCCUAAAAAUAAUAAAAAUAAAACAAAAACAAAACAAAAAAGAAUGAAGAGGAGAUGAAACAAGGAGGAUUUAUGCGUUCGAUAGUUGAAAUGGAUAAAGUGGUUUUACCGGUUUUAUGAUAAAAAUUUUACAAUUUAAAAAAAGAAAAUACUAAAAAAAGUAAUAGUCAAGUUAAAAAAAAUAUAAUUUAUUUAAAUUAAACCAAGCAGUAAUCAAAUUGUGUAAAAAAGUAUUUAUUAAAGCAAUAAUUAAGUGCCAGUGAUUAAUAAAUUACAACAUAGUUAUGGUUUAAAAUAAUUGUAUUGUUAAUAUUCAUAGAAAAAUUAAAGAAAAAUCAAAUUCUAAUAUGUUGGUGUAAAAAUUUACCCCAAAAAGAAAACCAGUGAGUGUGUGAAUUUUUCUUUUAUAAAAUGCCGUUUGUUCAACGUGUUGUGCAGCCGGUAAAUCUUGCACAAGUUUGUGGCUCUGCAACGGGAGGCAGUAAUAGAACCACCAAGUUCCUAUGUAUACCCGGCAAAUGCAAAAACAGCAAUUGUAUCAAUAAUAAACAACUAACAGCCUCAUCGUCCAAUCCCCAAUUGAGGGAAGCAUCGUUAAAUGGUAGAGAGCAAAAAAAUCAACAAACAGAGGAAAGCUCCGUAAAGGCAGAUGACUUAUUGCUUAAGUCAAGGACAUUAAAUAAUAACAACAAUGUCAAGGACAACAGUAGUUUAAAAUCACCCUCUUCGACCUCCUCCACCUCAUCCUCUUCAACAACUACAAUAACCACGGCAAUUAUACACAAUACCAAUGGUUUGGAUUUAAACUCUACCACGGAUAAUACUGAUCAUUCUGUAACCAUUGUACCACAUUCUAAUGGUUUUGCCGCCAGUUUUUCCUACAGCACCGAUCAUGAAGAUGAUGGCGGUGUUAUUACACCUGUCUCACCGGCCCCUGCCAUGCCUAUGAAAAAAUUGAAACAACAUGUGGAAUUUCUAUCAACCGUUCCCUCACCUACCCGUACGCAUCCUUCGCGACCCUCAACAGCUGGUAGUGGUACGGCUGCCAUACGUUCCUCGUCGUCACAUCAACGUUUGCGUUCACUGCAAACACCACAAACGCCAACGUCUGCCAAAAUUGUGGCCGGCUAUGAAUUUGAUUCAAUUAGUAAUAUUACUUUAAGUAAUGCCUUAAGGCAGUUGGCCUCUUUGGUCCUGAUAGCCAGUGAUAUAUUUGAUGAUUUACAGCGUGAGCUGCAAACGGUGGGCGAUAGGGCGCGUGUGGUGCAGAAGAAAAUCGUUGCAGUAGAGAGACGUGUUAGUGCGUACGAUCCUAAAACGGUCACAGUUCGUAAGUAUUAUUUCAAUUUUUUUUCAGUUAUUAGUAAAAAGUAAAUUUUUUUUGUGGGAUUAAGAGCUGAUGAGAUUUUCGGGUUUUAGCGA